CACGCACAAGUCCACACUGGCGCACAUACACCGGUCUAUUUGCGUGAAGAAGUAAAGGGAGGUUGCUCUGGGAAGAGUUUCACAUAACGUUUAUGUUUCAUAGAAGAGUCGUUAUCUUAUUAGCGAAGUAAACAUGUCUCGUGUUGCAGCUGUUCAUAUUCUUAGUGAAAUUAAACAUCUCCACGGUUUAGUGCAAAAUGCUUUACCAAACAUCAAAGUUAUUGAUGUUGCACCCCUUCUGACGUCUGAUCCAGAAAACACUGUUGCUAAAAAACAGUUGUCUGAAAUAGAGGUCUUGCUAGCUGAACCUGGACUUGCUAAAAGAUAUUUUCAUCUUUUUCCCCUCAUUGAAAUGGCUUCAUUCUACAUUUGCUGGCGUGGACACAUUAUUGAAAGAAAUAGACCCAAACAAUCCUCCCAAGUUUCUCUUAACUAGAAGUGGAGAAGGGUUUGGUCACUCAAUUACUGACUAUGUCAUUGGUUAUAUAAUUGCAAAGGAGCGGCACUUUUUUGAUAUGAAAGAAGGUCAAGACAACUGUGCAUGGGAUACAGGAAAAUAUUCAUCCCUUUUUCUGACAAGUCAGUUGAAUAUUGGAAUUUUAGGGGUUGGUGAGAUAGGAAAACAUAUUGCUAAAACAUGUAAAUUUCUGGGUAUGACAACAUGGGGUCUGGUGCGAAGUAAUGCUGAAGAAAGAAAGACUCAGUAUCCUGAGGUCGAUCAUCUGUGCAUAAAAUCCAAUCUGGAUUACCUCUUGUCCAACUGUGACUACAUAUGCAAUAUCCUUCCCAGUACAAAGGAUACACGGGGAUUGUUAUCAGGAGAUGUGCUUGCUGCUUGUAAGAAUCGAAAAACAACCUUUAUAAAUGUUGGUAGAGGUGAUGUCAUUGAUGAUGAUUCUCUUGUGAAUGCUCUCAGGUCAAAAUGGCUCGACGGUGCCAUUUUGGAUGUUUUCAAUACAGAACCUCUUCCAUCGGAUUCUUUGCUAUGGAAAAUGCCAAACGUUAUAAUUACUCCCCACAUUUCUGGUUUAUCUGUGCCGAGUCUUGUUUGUAAAGUAUUUCAAGAAAAUUUUGAACUCUUUUCUGAAGGAAAAAAUUUGAAAUUUGAAAUUGAUUGGUUAAAAGCUUAUUAAAUCGAUGAUUUUUUAACUCCAGUUAUACAAUCAGCGUUUGAAAAAUAAAUUUAUAAAGCAA